AGAGAGAGAGAGAGAGAGAGAGAGAGAGAGAGAGAGUUUGGAGUUUCAAUGGAGUCACCAUUCAAGGCUGAUAUACUGAAAGGAAAGGUGGCUCUGUUGACUGGUGGUGGGUCGGGUAUCGGAUACGAGAUAUCCACACAGUUGGGCAAGCAUGGAGCAUCGAUCGCCAUCAUGGGUCGACGCAAAAACGUCCUAGACUCUGCUGUCUCUGCUCUCCGAUCUCUGGGCAUCUAGGCUAUUGGGCUUGAGGGAGAUGUUCGCAAUCAAGAUGAUGCAGUUAGAGUUCUGGAAUCAACUAUUAAGCAUUUUGGCAAGCUUGACAUCCUCGUGAACGCUGCAGCUGGCAAUUUCCUUGUCCCAGCUGAGGAUUUGUCCCCUAAUGGUUUUCGAACAGUAAUAGAUAUUGAUUCAGUAGGCACUUUUACAAUGUGCCAUGAAGCACUCAAGUAUCUUAAGAGAGGAGGACCUGGGCAGGACUCAUCUAGAGGUGGAAUAAUUAUAAACAUAAGUGCCACUUUGCAUUAUACAGCAACUUGGUAUCAAAUCCAUGUUUCUGCUGCAAAGGCAGCUGUUGAUAGCAUUACAAGGAGUUUGGCAUUAGAGUGGGGAACAGAUUAUGACAUUAGGGUUAAUGGGAUAGCACCAGGACCUAUUGAAGACACUGCUGGAGUUAGUAAACUUGCUCCUGAUGAUAUGCUGAAAGAAAUGGAACAGAAUGUUCCUUUGUAUAAAAUGGGUGAGAAAUGGGAUAUUGCUAUGGCUGCUCUCUAUCUUGUUUCUGAUGCAGGGAAAUACAUCAAUGGAACAACAUUGGUGGUUGAUGGAGGACUUUGGUUGAGCAGACCUCGUCAUCUUCCGAAAGAGGCAGUGAAGCAACUUUCUCGAGUUGUGGAGACGAGAUCCAGAAACGCUCCGGUUGGGAUUCCAAAGAGCAGGCUAUAACCAAUACAUUUGGUGAUCAAAAUUCUGGGUUAUGUUUGGCAUGAUGUUAAAUUAACCCCAGUCAAGCUAUAGACUUUUUUUUUGGAGCUUCAGUAAAAAGGAGACGCCAAACAACCACCAUUUGAUUGCUUAUAUUUUUGAGUGCCUGCCAGCUUGAGCAUUUGGUGAAUGAAACAGUACUACACUCUGCUCUCAGGCAUCGAUGACUCUAUGAGGAUGUUUGAUUGAGAGAAUUAUAGUAUGAGAUUGAAAUUAUUAAUUUGUGGACUCAAUAA